UUCAAUUUUCAGAGUGAUGCUGGUUUGACUGGCCGUAAGAUUAUCGUUGACACAUACGGAGGGUGGGGGGCACAUGGUGGUGGAGCAUUCUCUGGUAAAGACUACACGAAAGUUGACCGGUCUGCUGCUUACGCUGCCCGCUGGGUGGCCAAGUCCCUUGUCAAGGCUGGCCUCUGCAGGCGGGUUCUUGUACAGUUGUCGUAUGCCAUUGGUAUUGCCCAGCCCCUGUCUAUCACAGUUCUCAGCUAUGGAACUUCGACCAAGUCAGAGCGGGAUCUGCUGCAGAUUGUCAGAAACAACUUUGACCUGCGACCUGGCAGAAUUGUCAAGGAGCUGAACUUGAAAAAUCCUAUCUACCAGAAGACUGCCUGUUAUGGACAUUUCGGUCGCCCCGAGUUCACUUGGGAACAGGCAAAACCUCUCAAGCUUUAGUUCUGCAGUGCAAACAAACAUUGUUGUGAUCUGUUUUAUUGUUAACUUACUGUAUUUGGUGCUCUGUCUGAAAAACUACGAAGGUUCUAGCCAGAUUCUGAUGUCAACAUGAGAACAGUAUAGGUUCAUGGUCAAUCGUGAGAUCUGGGGCAUCCAUUUUGUGGUCUUGACUUGUUUCAAUUAUUCUUGGCAUUUGUUUUUGUUGAUGAUGAUAUGUAUUUUAUUGUCAUUAUUUAUAUUUUAAUAGUAGUUGAAAUUGUGCACUAUGUAUUGCAGAAACUUUCUUUUAGUAAUUGUCACUAUAUUUCAUUUGAAUUACGACUUACACAUAUUCUUACACAUUUAGAUAAAUUGCCCAUGUUUUAACUAUGAUCAUGUAUGAAAUGUUGGUUGAUGCAUUAUGUGGGGUAACUGUAUCAUUUUAUUAUUAUUAUUAUUAUUAUAUGUUGUUUUACAUAUCCACCUGUAUUAUCUGUGUGUUUGUGAUUCAUUGGAUAAAAGGUGCAUGUUAAAUGCCAGCUUUUAUUUGGAUAUUGAGAGAAAACCCCGAUUAUGAAACUUUGUUGCAGCCUUGUCAG